AGCACUUUCCCACAGCUCUACCAAACAGGGCCUUUAUUUGCUCUUCUCAGCGAUCCACGGGUAACUGUUAAUUUAAAUAACUUAUUUUGGGAUGGAAAAUCAACCAACUAACUUUUUUAAUAUGCAACUCAUACAGUUCAGAAUCUGUAUAUCUUCCACAACAGAAUGGCAUCCAGCAGGUGUAACAUAAACAAAAUGUAGGCACUUGGCAAUUGAGAAUUGACUAAAGCCAGAGAAAAGCAACAGACCUUUGAUCAUAUGAAGCACCAGUUUUAAUGGGUUCACAGUGAAUCCAAACAGCUCCUAAGCCCAGCCCUGGUUUGAUCAUAUUUUUUUAAAAGAAAUUUUCAACAUUAGUUAACAUGGGUAUUUUUUUUAAAAUGACUUUGGACUCACCCAGCAGUAUAAACCCGAGGAUCAAACAACACUCCCGAAUCACUUAAUCUGGGCAAACGGGGGUAUUGAACCCUCGUUGGAAGUGUGGGUACAUCAUCACCCACCAACUAUCUCGGACCCACAUUAGUUAACGAGGUUAGCAUAAAAAGAAAGAUAACUUAAUGCACGAGACUCCUGUUAAAGCGGGAUGUAGAAUGGCAAAAUGGACUGUCUUACUUUCAUUUCUAGAGAGGUUUCCAUGACUCAAACAUGUGCCACCAAGAACGCUAACAACAAGCCUUGCCAUUGGGCCAAGUCACUGUUUGGGUUAAAUUCAAAAUUUUGAGCAGGUUUAGGCUCCCAAUCCAAUGUCGGAAAUUUGAGGCACAAUCUGAACAAACUUGACUGUCCUAACCCUGACUGAGAACACAAUCAACUUGACAGCUAUAGAGUUGACAAUGGAUAUAAAAGAAUAAGGGCCACGAAGCAAAAAAGAAGAGAUGCUUAGUCCUUAAAAAAAACUUUAUUCAAAAUGUUGUGGGUUGCUUUUGACAAAAAGGAGAGGGGGCCCUAUUGUAGUGUGCUGGAAUCAUGUACCCUGCAGAGGCAUCUUAGUUGUGGUGCUAUGAAUGAGGAGAACAGUCAUAACUAAUCUUCUUUAAAAGAAUACAAGAGAUUUGUUUUCUUGAAACACAAAAUACUCGGAUAUAUGUUUCGAAAUCAUUAUAAAUAAUAUGACUAAUAACACAUCCUACAUUACCUAAGAAAGCAAUACUACCAAAUCUAAUUCAGCUAAAGGAAGGCUUUUGAAGGUCUUUCGAGAUCAUUAGGUAUUUGCUUUCAUACGAUACCUUAUCUGCUCUCGUGAACUUUCCUUUUUUUUUUCCCCCCCGACAAAUUUUUUCUACAAUUGUCCUCAACAGAAAACCGGUCCCUCAUUACUGUUGAAAACUUUGCUUUACUUCAAUUUGCAAUAAGUAAUCAGACUACUUCACCAAGCCUUUUCACUCAUCUUUAGUUUCUAAUUAGCCUUGCCUGUGGCUAAUGAUAACUAAACCACCAUUGCUGUUCUUGUUACUCUAGUCGUAUUCACCAUAACCACUCCUCUCAAUUCCUUCUUGGAUUUAAAUAAUUCAAAGCACAGAAGAAUUUCAUAAAAUAGUACACGGAUGAGCUGCAAAUGCAAAUGUGUUAUCACCCCCCAAGAUUCAAACCACCGAAUAAAUUAGCUUUAGCUCCAAUUUUAGAACCCAGUUCGAACCUUCAAUCCAAUUCUUAAUCGAAACCCUCAAGCCUUGAAAUUCUGAUACCUGAAUUGGUGUGAACUUGAAAAUAAGAUUUCAUUAGCUAAAAGGAAAAAUUAACUUAAUCAAUUCAGCAGAUUGUCACGGUAUUAGAAUCUUGUUAUUCUCUGUUACAAGCAUCUUAUCCAGUAGCAUACACUUUAGAAAAUAAUUAACUGAAUAAUAAUCAAAUACACAUAUAUACAUAAAAAAAAAAUACCUGUCCAAAAACUUUAUCCAGAGCAUGAUUUCAGUCCAAAUCUAAGACAUUGCGAUAAAAUUGUAUGAAAAAAAUUUCAAAUUUAGUUUUAAAAAUAAAAUAAAAUGGUGAAAUUUAUCAUGUUCCUCUCAUUUAAAAUAAAUAAAUAAAUGGCAAAUUGGCAUUGUGGUUGGUUUGAGAACGCAUAAAGGAGGGAAGCUCCUCAAGUCUUAAAAGUUGAAAGAAAACCUUCAUGAGCGAGAAUGGAAUCUCUCUCUCUCUCUCAAUAUACAUAUAUAUAUAUAUAUAUAUUUAUAUUGGAAUGCACCAGUAAUCAUCUCAAGGGCAACCAACAUUCCCCAAAUCUAAAAAAUAAUUUUUAAAAGACAAAAACACCGAAAACAAAAAAUAAAAAAAUUACAGAAAUAGAAAGCAAAGAAGGAUUUUAAAAAGGCAACAGAAAAAGCAAAGACAACAAAGAAAAAAAAACCCACGUCUCAUCUCACCGCCAUCAACGGCCGUUUCACUUCCACCACCCUCACCCUCGAUUUUCGAACCACCACCACCACCUCCGCCGGAGAAGAGGCAAUGACACCAUGACGACGGCGACUCUGCAGCCAACGCCACCACCACAGCAACCCAAAACGAUACGUAAGCUGAUCGUCUACGUCCACGACGCACGCGACCUCCUUCCCAAAGACGGUCAGGGAAGCUCGAGCCCUUACGUGGUUGUCGAUUUCGAUGGCCAGAAGAAGCGAACAUCGACGGUCGUAAGGAAUUUGAACCCUGUAUGGCAAGAGACUCUCGAAUUCGAGGUCUCCGAUCCUAACACCAUGGAGUAUGAAGAGCUCGAAAUUGAGGUCUUCAAUGAUAAGAAGAUGUGUAGUGGAAUUGCGAGGAAGAACCAUUUUCUGGGGAGAGUGAAGCUCUACGGAAGCCAGUUUAAGAAGAGAGGGAGUGAGGCUUUGAAUUACUUCCAGUUGGAGAAGAGGAGUGUGCUCAGUUGGAUUCGCGGAGAUCUAGGGUUGAUUAUUUACUACUACGAUGAGUUGGUUGAUGAAAUCAAGACCGAUCCUCUGCCGCCGCCGGAGAAAGAGACAGAGAAAGAGAAAGAGAAAGAGAAAGAGAAAGAGAAGGAGAAGGAGCCGACGAUGAUGACUAUCCCAAUGGCGACAGUUGUGGCGGAGGACGGUAGGGUUUUGGAGGUUCCGAUGCACACCGAAGUUGCGAUGGAGGGAUCACAAUCGCCGAGGAUUGUCACCGUAGAGGAGACUCGGCCGCAUCCUGAUCAUCACCAGUAUUAUCAUCAUCAUGAGCCGCAGCCGGUGGUUCCGCCGGAGCAUCUGCCGGAGGUAAGGAAGAUGCAGAUGGGGAACGUGAAUGAGAGGGUUAGGGUUUACAAGAGGCCGAACGCGAAUGGAGACUUCUCACCGAAAGUCAUCUACGGUAAGUUUUCCGGCGAAUCGGAGAAGAUUUAUGCUCACGAUCUCGUCGAGCCGAUGCUGUACCUCUUCAUCCGAAUCGUCAAAGCUCGCGGACUCGCCGCGAACGAGAGCGCCUACGUGAAGAUCCGCACGUCGAACCACUCGGUGAGAUCUAAACCGGCGAUUCACAGGCCCGGCGAGUCGUCGGCGAAUCCCGAAUGGCACCAAGUCUUCGCUCUCGCUAACCAAAAGCCAGACUCAUCAGGUAAUCUACAGAUCUCGGUUUGGGAUUCGCAGACCGAUCACUUUCUCGGCGGCGUUUGCUUCGAUCUCUCCGACGUCCACGUCAGAGAUCCGCCGGACAGUCCUCUCGCUCCGCAGUGGUUCCGACUCGAAGGAAGCGGUCAGGAUCCGAAUUCCGGCAAGGUUUACGGCGACAUACAGCUUUCGGUCUGGAUCGGAACUCAGGCCGACGAUGCUUUUCCGGAGUCGUGGAGCUCCGACGCGCCGUAUGUGGCGUACACGCGGUCCAAGGUUUACCAGUCUCCGAAGCUGUGGUACCUCCGAGUGACCAUUAUUGAAGCUCAGGACCUCCACAUUGCUCCGAAUCUACCUCCAUUGACAGCUCCUGAGAUUCGAGUCAAAGCUCAGCUAGGGUUUCAGUCCGUACGGACUCGAAGAGGAGCGAUGAACAACCAUACGUCGUCGUUUUUCUGGCAGGAAGAACUGGUUUUGGUCGCCGGCGAGCCUCUGGAAGACAAUCUGAUCUUGAUCGUUGAAGAUCGCACUGGGAAAGAUCCGGUGGUUCUCGGCCACGUCAUGAUCCCUGUGGACUCGGUGGAACGACGGCUCGAUGAGCGCCAUGUGGCGUCCAAGUGGGUUGGCUUGGAGGGCAGUCCUAGUGCUACUGCUAGUGGUGCUGGUUGUGUUUGUGGUCCAGCUGGGCCUUCUUACUAUGGGAGAAUACACCUGAGGAUGUGCUUGGAGGGUGGGUAUCACGUGCUCGACGAGGCGGCACACGUGUGCAGCGAUUAUCGGCCAACGGCGAAGCAGCUGUGGAAGCCGGCGGUGGGGAUCUUGGAGCUGGGGAUUCUCGGUGGUCGUGGGUUGUUUCCGAUGAAAUCCAAGGGCGGAGGUAAAGGGGCCACCGAUGCUUAUUGUGUUGCCAAGUAUGGGAAAAAGUGGGUCCGGACCAGAACUAUUACUGACAGCUUUGAUCCACGCUGGAAUGAGCAGUACACGUGGCAAGUCUAUGACCCCUGCACUGUCCUCACCAUUGGUGUAUUCGACAACUGGCGUUUGUACGGCGACGGGGUGGAAGACCGACCCAUUGGGAAGGUGCGGAUACGAGUCUCCACACUCGAGAGCAACAAAGUGUACAACAAUUCUUACCCCUUGUUGGUGUUGAGAUCCGGGUUGAAGAAAAUGGGCGAAAUUGAGGUGGCAAUCCGGUUCGCUUGCCCCUCAUUGUUGCCCGAGACGUGUGCAAUUUACGGCCAGCCCUUGCUCCCCAGAAUGCACUACCUCCGCCCGCUCGGUGUGGCUCAGCAAGAGGCACUACGUGGGGCCGCCACUAAAAUGGUGGCAGCCUGGCUUGGCCGGUCAGAGCCACCACUAGGCCACGAGGUAGUUCGGUACAUGUUGGAUGCAGACUCUCAUACUUGGAGCAUGAGAAAGAGCAAGGCCAAUUGGUUUCGGAUUGUGGCGGUUCUAGCAUGGGCAGUCGGGUUGGCAAAAUGGUUAGACGAUAUCCGAAGGUGGAGGAACCCGAUAACAACAGUACUAGUCCACUUACUCUACCUAGUCCUAGUUUGGUACCCGGACUUGAUAGUCCCAACCGGCUUCUUAUACAUCUUCCUAAUAGGAGUAUGGUACUACCGGUUCAAACCCAAAAUACCCGCGGGCAUGGAUACUCGACUAUCUCAGGCUGAAACCGUCGACCCAGAUGAAUUAGACGAAGAAUUCGAUACAAUCCCAAGUUCAAGACCGCCCGAUAUGGUCCGGGUCAGGUAUGACCGGUUGAGAAUAUUGGCAGCAAGGGUGCAAACAGUGUUGGGUGAUUUUGCUACACAAGGAGAGAGGGCCCAAGCCCUGGUGAGCUGGAGGGACCCAAGGGCUACAAAAUUGUUUAUUGGCGUGUGCUUAGUCAUCACGGUGGUGCUCUAUGUGGUUCCACCAAAAAUGGUGGCAGUGGCACUAGGGUUUUACUUUUUGCGCCACCCAAUGUUCAGAGACCCCAUGCCACCAGCUAGCUUGAACUUCUUUAGACGACUUCCAAGCUUGUCUGAUAGGCUAAUGUAGUGUUAGAAGAAGUUUAUAACUUAUAGUAGAUCAUAACAACACUCUUUUUAGGGCUUUUUUUAAGGGAUUAAUAAUAAUUGUGGGGUUUGUUUGUGGGGGAGAGAGACUUAUAAAUUGGGAAGAGUAUGUGAUUUUUUGUUCCCGAAAUUCAUGUUUUUUGUAUUGAGGUUGUAUUUUGAUUGAAAAUUUGUUGAGAGAAAUGAAAUGAAAAUGGAAAGAAAAAAGGAAAACAAAAUUAAUUUUUA